AUGACAGUUAAGGCGCGGCGUGUAGCUGUUAUCGGGGCCGGGCCCGCCGGUGCGAUAGCUACGGAUGCGCUGGCCAAGGAGCAGGCUUUUGAUACGAUCCAGGUAUUCGACCGGCGGGCCGGAAUCGGCGGUACUUGGGUUUACACGCCUGAGCUACCUACGGCGAUCCCGUCCCUUGAAGACUUGGUAUCGGGAAAGGCAGAUGUUGCUGUCCCCAUUCCGAAGCAGCUGCCGGCGGUUACGCUGCCGUCCGAUGAGAUCAACAGCCACCAGCGGCGCUUCUCGGAUACGGCGCUCCACGAGAACCUGCAUACUAACAUCACCCCGACCAUCAUGAGCUACACUCAAGAGCCUUUCCCAAACAAGCUCUCUCCCCGCACCUUAGCUGAUUACGGUCCCGGGGCUCCCUUCCGGCACCACACGGUGAUCCGCGAGUGGAUUGAAGGCAUAUUCUCCCGUGGCGGCCACGAGAAGCUUCUUGAGCUAAACACGACUGUGGAGCGGGCCGAGAAGAUAAACAGCGAGUGGGUGUUGACGCUGAGGAAGGAAUCCUCGGGUAGGAAUUAUUGGUGGAGAGAGACGUUCGACGCCCUUGUCGUCGCGACGGGGCACUACAACGUCCCGUGGUUCCCAAGCAUACCAGGCCUCAUAGAGUACGACAAGAAAUUCCCUGGGAGGAUACAGCACAGCAAGCACUUCCGCAGCAGUAAAAAAUUUAAGGGGAAGCGAGUGAUCGUAGUAGGCGGCUCUAUAUCGGCGCACGAAGUUGUCCACGAGCUUCUCGAGGCAGCUCAGAGCCCCGUGUAUGCAUCAUUAAGAGGCGAACCCAUCCCGGCCUUCGGGUGGGAGCCAUUCUUACACCCGGACAUAGCCAUCAAAAAGGAGAUCACAAACCUAGACUCGGAAACUGGGCGCGUCACCUUUGCUGACGGUUCGACUCUCGAUGAGGUUGAUUAUAUUAUUUUCGGAACCGGGUAUACUUUUAGUGUGCCGUACAUUGAGCAUGUACAAGAGCGGAUAAGGAACGCAUAUCGCCGCCUCCCCGGGGUUUACCAGCAUACGUGGGAUAUUGAGGAUCCGACGUUGACUUUUGUCGGAAUGCUUGGAGGCGGCUUCACAUUUAGGGUGUAUGAAUGGCAAGCGGUUGCGGUGGCACGGCACCUUGCGGGCCGAGCCAAACAACUUCCUCCCAUCCCGGAGCAACUAGAGUGGGAGCGCAAGCGGGUGGCGGAACGCGGCGGCGGCAAAGAUUACUACUCGAUCGCACCGGACUACGGCGCCUUCUUCGAGUUCCUGCGUGGUAUAGCCGGAGAGCCGGCUCCGGGUACGACUGGCCGUGUACUUCCCCCCUUUAACGAGGAAUGGCUGAAGCUAUGGACUGGUAUGGUCACUCAUAAGAUAGAAGGUUUCCAGCGGAAGAGGAAGAGGGCAGAGGAGGCUAGGGGGGCUGUGAAGGCGAAGCUAUGAUGAUAUUCUGGUAGAUACAUCAAGAAUAGGUGUCUCGCACAAGACCAUAUACAGGUAAGGUAGGUUAUGCCUAGGAUAGGAUAGCUGAAUAUUGUUUUUCCAUAUCGAGAUAGGGUUCACGAACUAUCUAAACCUAAGUCGACAUAUAUGUUAAUAUAUCUAAACCACUUAUAAUUGAAGAUUGGGCUUAUUCUUUCUCAAUCCGAUGGGACCACAAGGGGGCAGUAUGAUUGACAAUUGUAACCAAUAUUGACUAUUUUUGAAAGUAAUCUUGAGGCUUGGGAAGAAUAUUAGGCCGCUAAGACUCUCGGUUGUGAUAGUUUGAAUUGGUGUGACUGAAUUGGAAUAUUUAGCAGUUAAGCACCUCUUUUUU